AACUUGGUAAACAAAAUGAAUAAACUCGUGUAUCUUGCAACUUUAGCCCUAGUACUGGCGUUCACCGUCGACGUACAAGGACAUGCUCUACGUUCACGUUACCAAGUUGACUUAGAUGAAGUUUCUGCUGAUAUCGAAGAACCUAAAGCCUCCUCUGUCACCGAAGACGCAGAACCCUCAGCAACCGAACAGCCUGAAAUUCCCGCUGAAAUCGAACAACCAGAACUUCCAGUUGAAGAUGAAAAUCCAGAACAUCCCUCAGAGGUCGAACAACCUGAAAUUCCUUCUGAAAUCGAACAACCAGAACUUCCUUCAGAGGCGGAAGAUACUGAAAUUCCCGCUGAAAUCGAACAACCAGAACUCCCAGUUGAUGAUGAAAAUCCAGAACUUCCCUCAGAGGUCGAACAUCCUGAAAUUCCUGCUGAAGUCGAACAACCAGAACUUCCUUCAGAAGUGGAAGAUCCUGAAAUUCCCGCUGAAGUCGAACAACCAGAACUCCCAGUUGAGGAUGAAAAUCCAGAACUUCCUUCAGAGGUCGAACAUCCUGAAAUUCCUGCUGAAGUCGAACAACCACAACUCCCAGUUGAGGGUGAAAAUCCAGAACUUCCCUCAGAGGUCGAACAACCUGAAAUUCCUGCUGAAGUCGAACAACCAGAACUUCCUUCAGAAGUGGAAGAUCCUGAAAUUCCCGUUGAUGUCGAACAACCAGAACUUCCAGUUGAGGAAGAACAUCCCGAACAUCCCUCAGAGGUCGAGCAUCCCGAAAUUCCUUCCGAAGUCGAACAACCAGAAAUUCCAAUUGAGGAAGAACAUCCAGAACAUCCCUCAGAGGUCGAGCAUCCCGAAAUUCCCGCUGAAGUCGAACAACCAGAACUUCCAGUUGAGGGAGAACAUCCAGAAGUACCCUCAGAGGUUGAACAUCCUGAUAUACUCGUAGCAUCCGUAGAAGCGGAAGAUCAGUGA